AUGGCACAGUCAGUGCUGGUACCACCAGGACCUGACAGCUUCCGCUUUUUUACGAAAGAAUCACUGGCAGCUAUUGAACAACGCAUUGCCGAGGAAAAGGCGAAGAAGUCCAAGCAAGAGCGGAAAGACAUCGAUGAUGAUGAAAAUGGACCAAAACCGAAUAGCGAUUUGGAAGCAGGCAAAUCCCUGCCCUUUAUAUAUGGAGACAUACCUCCGGGGAUGGUGUCCGAGCCAUUGGAGGACUUGGACCCAUAUUACAUUAACAAAAAAACAUUUAUAGUAUUGAAUAAAGGGAAGGCAAUAUUUCGAUUCAGUGCCACAUCUGCUGUGUACCUGUUAACUCCUUUCAACCCUCUUAGAAAAAUAGCUAUCAAGAUUUUGGUACAUUCAUUAUUCAGCAUGCUUAUUAUGUGCACUAUUUUAACCAACUGUGUAUUUAUGACUAUGAGUAAUCCUCCAGAAUGGACAAAGAAUGUAGAAUACACGUUCACUGGAAUUUAUACCUUUGAAUCACUAAUAAAAAUUCUUGCAAGGGGCUUCUGUUUAGAAGGUUUUACGUUCCUCCGGGAUCCCUGGAAUUGGUUGGAUUUCACAGUUAUAACAUUCGCGUAUAUAACAGAAUUUGUAAACCUAGGCAAUGUUUCAGCUCUUCGAACUUUCAGAGUAUUGAGAGCUUUGAAAACUAUUUCUGUAAUUCCAGGUAAGGAGUGGCUUGACGAAGGGCCAGGCCCCUUGAUUUCCAGCUGUUUUUUGUGUGUUGUCAUUGUGUUUGUGUGUGAACUCCCCUAUUACAGAUAUGUGACAGAGUUUGUGGACCUGGGUAAUGUCUCAGCGUUGAGAACAUUCAGAGUUCUCCGGGCAUUGAAAACAAUAUCAGUCAUUCCAGGCCUGAAGACAAUUGUAGGGGCUCUCAUUCAAUCUGUGAAGAAGCUCUCAGAUGUCAUGAUCUUGACCGUGUUUUGUCUGAGUGUAUUUGCACUAAUAGGGCUCCAACUUUUCAUGGGGAACCUGAGGCAUAAAUGCCUGAUUUGGCCACCAGACAAUUCUACUUUUGAAAUAAACAUCACUUCCUAUUUCAAUAGCACAAUGGGAGAAAAUGGUACCUUUGUAAAUACGACAGUGACCACUUUUAACUGGGAAGAUUAUGUCAGUGAUGACAGUCACUUUUACUUCUUGGAAGGACAAAAUGAUGCUUUACUGUGUGGCAACGGUUCAGAUGCAGGUCAAUGUCCAGAAGGAUAUAUGUGUGUAAAAGCUGGUAGAAACCCCAACUAUGGCUAUACAAGUUUUGAUACCUUCAGCUGGGCCUUCUUGUCACUCUUUCGGCUGAUGACUCAGGACUUCUGGGAAAACCUUUAUCAACUGACUCUGCGUGCUGCUGGCAAAACAUACAUGAUCUUUUUCGUCCUGGUGAUUUUCUUGGGUUCUUUCUACCUGAUCAACUUGAUCCUGGCUGUUGUGGCCAUGGCCUAUGAAGAGCAGAAUCAGGCCACCAUGGAAGAAGCUGAGCAGAAAGAGGCAGAGUUCCAGCAGAUGCUGGAACAGCUGAAAAAACAGCAAGAAGAGGCUCAGACCGCAGCAGCUUUAGCCGCCGCAGCUGGUGAAUCGAGAGAAUUUAGUGAAGUUGGUGGUGUAGGUGGAUUCUCAGAGAGUUCUUCGGCAACAUCAAAGUUGAGUUCCAAGAGUGCUAAGGAGAGGAAGAACAGGCGGAAAAAGAGAAAGCAGAGGGAACAGUCUGAAGGAGAUGAAAAAGAUGAGGAUGAAUUUCACAAAUCAGAAUCAGAGGACAGCAUCCGCAGAAAAGGCUUUCGAUUCUCUAUUGAAGGGAACAGAUUAACCUAUGAAAAAAGAUUUUCUUCCCCACACCAGUCUUUGCUGAGCAUCCGUGGAUCGCUGUUUUCCCCCAGGCGCAGCAGCAAAACGAGUCUCUUCAGCUUCAGAGGCCGAGCAAAGGAUCUUGGAUCAGAGAAUGAUUUUGCAGACGAUGAGCACAGCACUUUCGAAGACAACGAGAGUAGGAGAGAUUCCCUCUUUGUUCCUCACCGGCACAGUGAGCGUCGCAACAGUACCAUCAGUCAGGCCAGCCGAUCAUCUAGAGUGAUGCCUAUCCUUCCAGCCAAUGGGAAGAUGCACAGCACUGUGGACUGUAAUGGGGUGGUUUCCUUAGUUGGCGGGCCGCCUCCUCUUAUGUCACCCACUGGGCAGCUUCUUCCUGAGGGUACCACUACAGAAACAGAACUAAGAAAAAGGCGCUCCAGUUCCUACCAUAUGUCAAUGGAUUUUCUCUCUGAUCCUACUGCAAGGCAAAGAGCAAUGAGUAUAGCUAGCAUACUUACCAACACAAUGGAAGAACUUGAGGAAUCCAGGCAGAAGUGUCCUCCCUGCUGGUACAAAUUUGCUAACAUGUGCUUAAUCUGGGAUUGCUGCACUCCUUGGCUGAAAAUAAAGCAUAUUGUUAAUUUGAUUGUGAUGGAUCCAUUUGUUGACCUUGCUAUUACCAUCUGCAUUGUUUUAAAUACUUUGUUUAUGGCAAUGGAACAUUACCCAAUGACUCAACAGUUUAAUAAUGUACUGUCCGUUGGAAACUUGGUGUUUACUGGCAUCUUCACAGCAGAAAUGUUUCUCAAAAUAAUUGCCAUGGAUCCUUAUUAUUAUUUCCAAGAAGGCUGGAAUAUUUUUGAUGGCAUCAUAGUCAGCCUGAGUUUGAUGGAGUUGGGUCUUGCAAAUGUGGAAGGAUUAUCAGUUCUAAGAUCUUUCAGAUUGCUUCGAGUUUUCAAACUGGCAAAAUCUUGGCCAACAUUAAACAUGUUGAUAAAGAUUAUUGGCAAUUCAGUAGGUGCCUUGGGAAAUUUGACUUUGGUUUUGGCUAUCAUUGUCUUCAUUUUUGCUGUGGUUGGAAUGCAGUUGUUUGGCAAAAACUACAAGGAAUGUGUUUGCAAGAUUUCCAAUGACUGUGAACUCCCACGCUGGCACAUGAAUGAUUUUUUUCAUUCUUUCUUGAUUGUCUUUCGAGUUCUUUGUGGAGAAUGGAUAGAGACUAUGUGGGAUUGUAUGGAGGUUGCUGGACAACCCAUGUGCCUUACUGUCUUCAUGAUGGUCAUGGUGAUUGGCAAUUUAGUGGUUUUGAAUCUUUUUCUGGCCUUGCUCCUGAGCUCCUUCAGUUCAGACAAUCUUGCUGCUACAGAUGAUGAUAAUGAAAUGAACAAUCUCCAAAUUGCAGUGGCUAGGAUUCAGAAAGGAAUAGAUUAUAUAAAAAGAAAAGCUCAUGAAUUUGUACAAAAGGCGUUUGUGAGAAAACAAAAGGCUUUGGAUGAAAUCAAGCCCCUUGAAGAUCUAAACAAUAAGAAAGACAGUUGCAUUUCCAAUCAUGUGAUAGUAGAUAUUGGCAAAGAUUUUAACUAUCUGAAAGAUGGCAAUGGGACUACCAGCGGCAUAGGAAGCAGCGUGGAAAAAUACAUCAUUGAUGAAAGUGAUUAUAUGUCAUUCAUAAAUAACCCAAGUGUAACUGUGACAGUACCCAUUGCUGUUGGAGAAUCAGAUUUUGAAAAUUUAAAUACAGAGGAGUUUAGCAGUGAGUCAGAUCUGGAAGAAAGCAAAGAGAAACUAAAUGCAACUAGUUCAUCUGAAGGUAGUACAGUUGAUGUUGGACUUCCCCAAGUUGGAGAACAACCUGAAGCUGAACCCGAAGAAGCUCUUGAACCAGAAGCCUGUUUUACAGAAGGCUGCAUCCGGAAAUUCAAGUGCUGCCAAGUCAGUGUAGAAGAUGGGAAAGGAAAACUAUGGUGGAAUCUUCGGAAGACUUGUUACAAAAUCGUAGAACAUAAUUGGUUUGAGACUUUUAUUGUCUUCAUGAUUCUCCUUAGCAGUGGUGCUCUGGCUUUUGAAGACAUAUACAUUGAGCAACGCAAGACUAUCAAGACCGUACUGGAAUACGCAGACAAGGUCUUCACCUACAUCUUUAUUUUAGAAAUGCUUCUGAAGUGGGUGGCUUAUGGCUUUCAAGUCUAUUUUACAAAUGCCUGGUGCUGGCUGGAUUUCCUCAUUGUUGAUGUCUCUAUCGUUAGCUUAACAGCGAAUGCCUUGGGCUACUCUGAACUUGGUGCAAUUAAAUCUCUUAGGACUUUAAGAGCUUUAAGACCUCUAAGAGCCUUGUCACGGUUCGAAGGAAUGAGGGUAGUGGUGAAUGCUCUCUUGGGAGCAAUUCCAUCUAUCAUGAACGUGCUUCUUGUAUGUCUUAUAUUCUGGCUAAUCUUUAGCAUUAUGGGAGUGAAUCUGUUCGCUGGCAAGUUCUACCAUUGUGUUAACACCACAACUGGGGAAAUGUUCAGCAUUGAUGAAGUUGACAAUCAGACUGAGUGUGAGAAUCUCAUCGAAAGAAAUGAAACAGCCAGAUGGAAGAAUGUGAAAGUCAACUUUGAUAAUGUGGGACUUGGCUACCUCUCUCUGCUUCAAGUAGCCACCUUCAAAGGCUGGAUGGAUAUCAUGUAUGCAGCUGUAGAUUCACGAAAUGUGGAACAACAGCCACAUUAUGAGGAUAAUCUUUAUAUGUAUCUUUAUUUUGUCAUCUUUAUUAUCUUUGGAUCAUUCUUCACUUUGAAUUUAUUUAUUGGUGUCAUCAUAGAUAACUUCAAUCAGCAAAAAAAGAAGUUUGGAGGUCAAGACAUCUUUAUGACAGAAGAACAGAAAAAAUACUAUAAUGCAAUGAAAAAACUGGGCUCUAAGAAACCACAGAAACCUAUACCCAGACCAGCAAACAAAUUUCAAGGCAUGGUCUUUGAUUUCGUAACAAAGCAAGCCUUUGACAUCAGCAUCAUGAUUCUUAUCUGCCUUAACAUGGUUACCAUGAUGGUAGAAACUGAUGACCAAACUGACGCAAUGGAAACUAUUUUGUAUCGAAUUAAUUUUAUCUUCAUUGUCCUUUUCACUGGAGAAUGUGUCUUGAAACUGAUUUCACUCCGCUAUUAUUAUUUUACAAUAGGCUGGAAUAUUUUUGAUUUUGUGGUUGUCAUCUUAUCUAUUGUAGGUAUGUUCCUCGCAGAGAUUAUUGAGAAAUACUUUGUGUCCCCCACCUUGUUCCGAGUAAUUCGACUUGCCAGGAUAGGUCGAAUCCUGCGUCUGAUCAAGGGGGCAAAGGGAAUCCGCACUCUGCUUUUUGCCUUGAUGAUGUCUCUCCCUGCCUUGUUUAACAUCGGUCUCCUCCUUUUCCUGGUCAUGUUCAUCUACGCCAUAUUUGGAAUGUCCAACUUUGCCUACGUGAAGAGAGAAGUUGGCAUUGAUGACAUGUUCAACUUUGAAACUUUUGGCAACAGCAUGAUCUGCCUUUUCCAAAUUACCACCUCUGCUGGCUGGGAUGGCUUGCUAGCGCCCAUCCUGAACAGCGGGCCUCCAGACUGCGACCCUGAGAUAGACCAUCCGGGUAGCUCAGUCAAGGGAGACUGUGGCAAUCCUUCGGUUGGGAUUUUCUUCUUUGUCAGCUACAUAAUCAUCUCAUUUUUAGUUGUAGUCAACAUGUACAUUGCUGUCAUUUUGGAGAACUUCAGCGUGGCUACCGAAGAAAGUGCUGAACCUCUGAGUGAGGAUGAUUUUGAGAUGUUCUAUGAAGUCUGGGAAAAGUUCGAUCCAGAUGCAACCCAAUUCAUAGAAUUUGCCAAACUCUCAGAUUUUGCAGCCUCUUUGGAUCCUCCUCUUCUAAUACCAAAACCAAACAAAGUUCAGCUUAUUGCGAUGGACCUGCCCAUGGUGAGUGGUGAUAGAAUUCACUGCCUUGACAUCUUAUUUGCUUUCACCAAACGUGUCUUGGGUGAAAGUGAUGAAAUGGACGCCCUCCGUAUUCAAAUGGAAGACCGGUUUAUGGCUGCCAACCCUUCAAAAGCCUCCUAUGAACCAAUUACCACCACACUGAAACGAAAACAAGAGGAAGUAUCCGCUGUUAUUAUUCAGCGAGCCUUUAGGCGCUACCUCUUAAGGCAAAAGGUUAAAAAAGUUUCCUCCAUGUUUAAUAAAGAUAGAAUUAAAGAAGGCAACGACACAGUUAUCAAAGAAGACAUGAUCAUUGAUAAGCUAAAUGAGAAUUCUACCCCUGAAAAAAACGAUAUGACUCCCUCCACCACCUCUCCACCUUCCUACGAUAGCGUUACAAAGCCCGACAAAGAUAAAUAUGAGAAAGACAAAUCAGAAAAAGAAGAUAGAGGUAAAGAUGUCAGGGACUAUAAAAAAUGA